AACCUUAUCUUUUCCCCCUUUCUUCCCUCAAAUCUCUCGUCUCGUCUCCCGUCGGUGCCGGCGGCUGCAAAUCGAAUAGACGGCCGGCGGAUCUCAAGGAGCUGAAAGGGAAACGGCAAGGCUGAUGUCAGGGGCUACAUCUCCCUCCUCUCUUUGAUUUUCUGCAAGAUCGGAGAUGGACAAAAAAACAAAGAUGUUAAUUUGUGCGGCAGCAGCACAAUGGUUUAUCAAUAUGAUAGCUUUGAUUGUCCAAUCUAGAAAAGGAAAAAGGAGAGAGGCAAUUACAUAUGCCCCAAUUGAUGAGAGAGAUAGGAUGAGAAGAGAGUACUUUGAUAACAAAGUAUGGAAGAAUGACACAACUUGUGUGAACAUGCUUAGGCUUCGGAGAGCUCCUUUUUUUCGGUUUUGUCAACUAUUUAGAGAUCGCAAUUUGCUAAAGGACACAAUCCAUAUGUCCAUUGAGCAACAAGUAGCAAUGUUUUUGCACACUGUUGGUCACAAUGUUCGGAAUAGAGUAAUUGGUGGGAAUUUCAGUAGAUCUGGUGAAGUUGUUAGCCGCUAUUUUAAAAAAGUACUCCAUGCAAUUGGUGAGCUUCGAGAUGAACUUAUUAGGAAGCCUUCAUUGGGGACCCAAAAGAAAAUAGAAGGAAACCAUCGGUGGGAUCCAUACUUUAAGGAUUGUAUUGGAGCUAUUGAUGGUACACAUGUACGUGCCUCUGUUACACUUGAUAUGGAGGCUGCCUUUCGUGGUAGAAAGAAAUAUACUACUCAAAAUGUGAUGGCGGCUGUUGAUUUUGAUCUUCGAUUCACAUAUGUGUUGAACGGUUGGGAGGGGACAGCACAUGAUGUUGUAGUUUUACGCGAUGCUUUAGGACGUGAAAAUGGUCUACGUGUCCCACAAGGAAAAUUUUAUCUAGUUGAUGCUGGAUAUGGAGCCAAACCAGACUUCUAGCCUCCUUUUCGUGGCGUGAGGUACCAUUUAAAUGAGUGGGGAAACAAUCCUGUGCAAAAUGAAAAGGAGCUGUUCAACCUUAGGCAUUCUUCUCUUCGCACAACUGUAGAACGGGCAUUUGGGUCAUUGAAGAGAAGAUUCAAAAUCCUUGAUGAUGCCACACCAUUCUUUCUUUAUCCUACUCAAGUAGACAUUGUUGUGGCUUGUUGCAUUAUUCAGAAUUGGGUUUUAAAUGAUGGCAUUGAUGAAUAUAUCAUACCCGAGGAUGAAUGGGUGGCCAAUAUCACUCAUGCUUCAUCAUCAACUGGCCAAGCACAAGAACAUGCAUACAUGGCUAAUUUUAGGCAAGGACUUGCUGAUCAAAUGUGGGAAGACCGACAAAACUAUUUGCAGCAUCAAAACAUGUAGUAGCUACUAUGUCAUUCAAAUGUGGGAAGAACUAUUGUACUUUAUUUGAACUAUGUGUUUGUGGGAAUUUCAUUGUAAUGACAUAUUACUUGUUGUAAUGACAUACUAUUAUUGUUGAGUUGCUUAUUUUCUCUCCAAG